AUGAUGAUUAUCAAAGCAAUUCUAUUCACACUAUUUGUGUUUGCUAAUAGACUACCAGUGGGUUUCAAAGAUGUCCCACCAAUCUUGGAAAGAUUACAUGGUGAAUCAAAAUUAGAAAAAAAGCGUAACUACUCCCAAUCCGACAAUAACACCGGUCUUUAUAUUAAAACGUUUAUCGAUGAUAAUGAAGUUUCACACGACGAAAUCCUAAGGUGGGAGGCAAGACGUAUAGGAGUUGUUAAAAAACGAAUUCAAGAAGGAUUAUUGUCACUGUUGAGGCAAGAAGCCAUCAACUUCUUUUCCAGUCCUGAAAUUUCAAUCAACAACAUUACUGCUGAAAGGGAAGCAUUGGUUCAAACAAAACUAGAUAUGGGCCGUAAUACUAUGAAAGAAUUGGUUUCACAAGAAACAGUCAUUUCUGGCGCCAUCGCUUUUUUACUCUUGAAAGCCCUGACGGGAUUUACAUCAAGCUCUAUUCACUUGUUCAGCAAUAGAGGAACAGCAGAGGGAUUUAAGAAGUGGUAUCUUUCCAAGAUUUCAGAUGAACGGGUAAUGCUUCAAGCAUGCCCUGAUCAUUACGCUCUUGGUACUGGUUUUGAGUUGGGGCAAGAUGUUAUUGAAACUACUGGUGGCUCUGUUUUACCAUCACACUUUGCUAUAAAUUAUGAGGAAAGAUCAAACUUACCUAUUGUUGAGGAUGAAAACUUUCCAGUUCAAUUGAACGGACCUGCUUACGGGGAUGACACGGAAACAAUCAUUGGAGGUACAAAUCAUAUUAUGCAUUCAAUCCCAAACAAUGGAGGAUUUGAGAUUAUACCCAAAGUGUUUUUCCCGGACAGUGUACCCAACUACCUAUUAAAGCAACAUCGCUGGCAUUUGGCUACUGAAUGGGGAAAUUGGGUAACUGCUUAUAUUAAUCAAGUGGAAGUGAGCAAUGAGUAG